AUGGAGAAAACAUAUUCAUUAACCGCCCACUACGAUGAGUUCCAGGAAGUGAAGUAUGGCAGUCGCUAUAGUAGUGACAUCCUCAGCAAUGGCAUGACUCUUCACCUUGGUGGAAGCCUGGACCGCCAUAUUGGGCGUGGUCGUGGAGGUACUUGGUCAAAUGGUAGAAACAAAGAUCCAAGCAGCAGUGGCAGCGGCGGGAUUCCUCGAUGGAGUCGGAGGGAAAUCUGCCUUCUCUCUGCGCUGGUCUUUGCAGCAGGCAUGUGUGUCAUCUUGGGCAGCAUGCUGGCACUCAAGUACAUUUCCUUAGAUGCCCAGCAGGACCCACAAUGUCGGCAGGACUGCCAGCGCAAGCGCUCACUGCUGCGGGCGGCGCGCUUUGUUCAAGCCAAUAUUGAUCCAACCAUCCAGCCCUGCCAGGACUUCUACUCCUUUGCCUGUGGUGGCUGGCUGAGGCGCCAUGGAAUCCCAGAGGACAAGCUCAGCUACGGUAUUAUUACUGCUAUAGGGGAACACAAUGAGGAGAAAUUACAGCGCCUUUUACUGGAGCCCAUACGGAGGCGCGGUGAGUCCUCAGCUGAGCGCAAGGUUAAGGAGUUCUAUCGAUCAUGCGUCAAUAUCCAGGAGAUCGACAAGUUGGGAUCUGACCCCAUGAUGGAGGUGAUAGACAGCUGUGGGGGGUGGGACCUGGUGGGGGCUCCUCCAAGUGCUGCUGGCUAGAGGGAGGGCGCCCCCAGGCCAGACUUCAAUGAGUUGUUGUAUAGGACACAGGGGAUGUAUAGCACUGCUGUGUUUUUCUCCCUCACAGUCAAUGUGGAUGACAAAAAUUCCUCCAGGAAUGCCAUCAGGAUUGAUCAGGAAGGACUCACACUGCCGGAGAGAAGCCUGUACCUGGGACAGGAUGAGGACAGUGUUAAGAUCUUGGCGGCAUACAAGGCCUUGAUGGAGCGCUUGCUGAGCAUGCUGGGAGCAGCUCACAAUGCCACACAAAAGUCCAAAGAGAUCAUACAGUUGGAGACCCGUCUGGCUAAUAUCACUGUAUCAGAAUAUGAUGACCAAAGAAAGGACAUCAGCACCAUGUACAACCGCAUCACCCUCAGGCAGCUACAGCGCAUCGCUCCAAGCCUUCACUGGAAACGUUUGCUGGACAGAAUCUUCCAUGAUAACUUCUCCGAAGAUGAAGAGAUUGUGGUGUUAGCCACUGAUUACAUCCAGAAAGUGUCUGAUAUAAUCAAGACAACUUCAAAGAGAGUUCUCCACAACUACAUGCUGUGGCGCAUUGUGGCAGCACUCAGUGAACAUCUGUCGACCGCCUUCCGCAGCACCAUCCACGAGUUUUCUCGGGAGAUUGACGGCACAGAGCAGCAGCUGGAGCUGGGCAGACUCUGCCUCACCCAGGCCAACAAACACUUCGGCAUGGCACUGGGAGCCCUGUUUGUCCAGCAGCACUUCUCCUCGCAGAGCAAGGCCAAGGUACAGGAGCUGGUGGAGGACAUAAAACACUCCUUAGACCUCCGCUUGCAGGAACUGGACUGGAUGGAUGAAACCACCAAGGAUGCAGCCCGAGCAAAGCUAAAGCACAUGAUGGUGAUGACAGGAUAUCCAGAUUUCCUGCUCAAACCUGAGCUCAUAGAUCAAGAAUAUGGGUUUGACGUGGAUGAAAAGACCUACUUCAAGAACAUCCUCAACAGUAUCAAAUUUAACAUCAAGCUGUCAGUCAAGAAGAUCCAUGAAGAAGUGGACAAGACAGCGUGGCUGCUCCCCCCUCAGGCCCUUAAUGCGUACUACCUCCCUAACAAGAACCAAAUGGUUUUUCCUGCUGGUAUCCUUCAGCCAACUCUAUAUAACCCUGAGUUUCCACAGUCUUUGAACUAUGGGGGAAUAGGCGCCAUCAUUGGUCAUGAACUAACACAUGGCUAUGACGACUGGGGGGGCCAAUACGACCGCCAUGGCAACCUCAAACAGUGGUGGACUGAAGAUUCCUACAGAAAGUUCCAGAAGAAGGCUGAAUGCAUCGUCAAGCUCUACGAUAAUUUCACAGUUUAUAACCAGAGGGUUAAUGGGCGCCUGACACUGGGAGAGAACAUAGCAGACAUGGGAGGACUCAAACUGUCGUAUUAUGCGUAUCAGAAGUGGGUGAGGGAACACGGUCCAGAGAGACCCCUGCCAGGGCUUAAAUAUACUCAUGAGCAGCUGCUGUUCAUCGCUUUUGCACAGAACUGGUGUAUGAAGAGAAGAUCUCAGUCAAUCUACUUGCAGCUGCUAACGGACAAACAUGCGCCAGAACACUACAGAGUGAUCGGCAGCGUUUCUCAGUUUGACGAGUUCGCCCGUGUGUUCCACUGUCCCAGAGGUUCCCCAAUGCACCCUGUGGACAAAUGCUCCGUAUGGUAACUCGUUAACCUCCGGCUGACCUGCACAGCUACAGACCCGACCUGUGCCACGUCUCAUUCGUCAGAGCUAACAGAGCGAAUUGUCGGCAGAGCACAGCUUGCUCCGGAUGGAAAUCUACCCAACAUCGGUGCAAGGAUUUCGUCAGCUGAGGAAGUUUAUGCAAGUGUCAUUUUUAACAGCAAAAUAUCCAGAAACCAUGGGCCACACACACAACCAUUGAUCAUGUACAUAUAACAUUUAAUUAUAUAUUUUUAUAUAUUUAAAUUUGCAUUUUGUUUUCAAAAUCAUCUAUUUUUGUAUUUUAGCAUAUAUCAGAUAUAUCACAGAUUCACAAACUACUUGUUUUUUUUUUUCAGCAGCAUAUUUCCUCUUUUGUUCUCUUCUUUGUAGCAUCAACUAUAAAAAAUAAUCAAGUAAAAUUUAACAUUAUUAAACAAAUUAUGAUUCUACUCCUGAAUGUAAUGUGGACAAGGACCAGUUUCAGAUGAACUGCAAUCAGCAGCAGCGUCAGUCACAAAGCUGUGGUUUGUUUCUGAGUCGGUAAAUCGAGUUUGCCGAUUAGUGUGGCGAUGCUGCACCCUUGUGACAAAACGUAACAGAAGUCACCGUGCAAUCAUCAUGUUAUCAUGACUGUGGUAUUGUUUGCCUGCACUGGUCUUGUUACUGUGCUUGUAUGUUGUUUAAGUCAUUAAUUUAGGGGGAUGGGGUGUCGGGGGGAUGCAGACUCAUGGUGAAGUUUUUCUCAGGAUUUGUAGUGCAGCACCAAAAGGAGGAGAUGAUCUUCACAUUCACCUCUUCAGCAUACCAGAAGUUUCUACCAUUCAAAGAAACCACAGCUGAUAUUAAGGAGAUCGGUUUGGGACUUUGUUGUUUUUUCCUCCCCUCAUUGGAGUUUGCAGCAGAAACUGCACCUUUUUUCUUGGAACUCAAAGAAUUUCUGAUGAAUUAUUGACAUCGCUGUGUUUCCUGAUGAUGUUAAUCAGUUUACCAACCAGCACUCUGUGUAUAAAAGGUACAUCUUUGAUGGCUGGAAAUCAUACAUUUGUAUACAGUGUUAUUUAAGAGUACUUUUGUAUUUAAAAAAAAAAAAUCUCUUUGUAUAGUGGCUGUGGGUAUCAGAUGUUAUGUUGUACAGGUUGUUUUGCUGAGAGUGCAUGCUCCCCUCUCUCGUCUCUAAAACUGACCAACACAGUUCUGAUGGAUCCACGUCACACACAUUAAAACUAACCUGUCUGACUCUGUAGCUGCUAGCUGACCCGUGGUUGCUGUCCCUCCUUCCCUGCUGCUCACACUUUCAUGUUUAAAUAAAUCCAGAUCACUCGCUGU